CGGGGAGGCAGGCACCGAGUCUGCGCGGGUUGCGCAGCCCGAAGGCGCGUGCGCAGUGGCGGCAGGCGUCAUGGCGGCUCGGUGUGUGUGGCUGGUGCGGCGCGCUCUCCCGGUCUUGGGGCGGCCUCUCAGGCCCGCUCCCCGGUUGCUGUGCACGGCCACCAAACAAAAGAACAGUGGCCAGAACUUGGAGGAGGACUCGGGUCUGAAUGAACAGAAGGCGGACCCUCCGUCCGCAGAGAAGGUGCUCCUGGAGGAGAAGGCCAAGCUGGAGGGGCAGCUAAAGGAGAUGAUGGAAAAAUACAAGCGCGCUCUGGCAGACACCGAGAACUUGCGGCAGAGGAGCCAAAAGCUGGUGGAGGAGGCAAAAUUAUACGGCAUCCAGGGCUUCUGCAAGGACCUGCUGGAGGUUGCAGACAUCCUGGAGAAGGCCACGCAGAGUGUCCCCAAGGAGGAGGUGAGCGAGGACAACCCCCACCUCAAGAGCCUGUACGAGGGCCUGGUCAUGACUGAGCUGCAGAUCCAGAAGGUGUUCACGAAGCAUGGCUUACUCAAGCUGAACCCUGUGGGGGCCAAGUUCGACCCCUACGAGCAUGAAGCCUUGUUCCAUGCGCCGGUGGAGGGCAAGGAGCCAGGCACGGUGGCGCUGGUCAGCAAGGUGGGCUACAAGCUGCAUGGGCGCACACUGCGGCCCGCCCUGGUUGGCGUGGUCAAGGACGCGUAGCUGCCGCUCAGGGUGGUCUGUUUUUCAGUCACUUGCUGUGACUCUCAAAAGGCUGGCCCACCCGCUCUCACCUAUGACUACUUUUGGCCCUUUCCCACACCUUGUUGGGAAGCUUUCGUAACCCGUGGCUAAACAGAAAACUAAGCCGGUUGCAAAACUGUGCCGUUGGACGGACUCCAACUCGGAGGUCUGUCGGUUGAUUUUUAGCCCACGAUUCCUAGACCCACGUACUUAAAGAGGGCCUGCGGGACACUACGGGCCGGUAGAGUAUCAUGAAUCAUGCUGUAUCUGCUCAAACUGGUGUCGUAAAGCUUAAACGAAUAAAGCGUCUUCAGGAAUCCUCGUCUGGCUACCUGGACACGCCGUCUCUGCGUCUCUCUCCUGCAGCUCACUGUCUUGCGUGAGUUGCUGGAACCCCACGCCUGCUACAUGUCACUCAGUUAAGAGAAGAGGCAAGAGUGAAAACGUUUUUCUUGCCAAAGACAUUUUUCUGAUCUUUGUGAGGAAUGGAUACGGGCCUGUGUAGAACUAGUUACUGUCUAGCUGCUGAAAAUGACUGGCUCCAGCCGCCUCUCUGGAGGUCCGAUGCGAACGUUGACACUUAACAGUUCUUGCCAUCUUCGUUUUGCCCGUAAUUGCAUUUGACAAAAUCCAGUCUUUCUGCAGUUGUCAUCUACAUGCAGAAGUGGUUUAAUCUCUUUUCAGAUAGUGACUAACAACCUCGAGUUACAUUCCCAGUAAGAUGGACUUUCUCGGAGGGAGGGCUGUGUGCUUGGCAGACUUUACAUGUAAAUGUUUCAGUGUAAGAUGUUAUUUCAGAGGAUUAAAGCCCUAAUAUAUUUUACCUUCCCACUUUGAUAACUAUGUUGGGAGAGAUCCUGAGCCACCAGGGAACAGGUGCCUUAGCUUGGCCUUUCUGCUCCAAUCCUGAGAUCACGUAGUUCACAAAACGCGCGAGAACGUGCGUGAGCGGCUGUUCUGGGGGCGGGGGAGCCACUUCUUGGCAUUGGGGCAUGGGUGGGCCAGCAGGCACUAGGAGCCACAGCACGACGCGCGUGCACCCGCCUGACAGGCGGCCUGGCCCUCCACUCCCGCUUUACAUUCGUUCUCGUCAAGGGCGCAGUGAGAGAUGGACUGACUGAGGUAUUGCUUCUGAGAGGGCCGCUGGGACUGGAGGGUGAUCCUGUGAGGUUCAUUUACUGCUGAAAAAGGUGGCAUAGUCAGCUUUGUUUGAUUUAUAACUUUGAAAGACAGUAUUCCCAUGAGAUUCCCUUUUACACCAUUUUCCUCUAAGCUGCCUUAAGUUAUUGUCAGAACCUUCCAGAACUCGCAGCAGCCCAGUGUCCUGGGGAAGGCAUGCUGGGAGCCAGAGCCCUGCCCUCAUCCAGUGGAGCUCGCCUGUCACAUGGAGGCGGGGCCACGGGUCUUCAAGCCCGCUCCAGGAGGCAUGCAGCCCCCAGCGCAGCUGGUCAAGGGCACAGAACACACCACGUAGUCGGGGCAGCUUGCUGGCCAGCAGCCCUCAGUGAGUCCCAGUCACUUAGGGGCGGCAAACGGGAAACAUCAUUUAAUAAUGUCUGCCUUUACACAGAGCUAAAGGCUUGGUCACAACACUCAGUCACUGCAGUGUGGAGAACCCGAACCAGCUCCGUGGGGUCCCAGUGCCGGCUUGCAGUCCCGGCUUGCAGACGACAUCUGUGGCCGUGACGCUGCUUCUAGAGAGGGAGGCUGGCGGGAAAGUGUUUCCACUUAUCUAUCAGAAGGCCACUUUGACUUGUUUUUUGGAGAAGCUGGUGUGAUACGUAAGUGCUGGGCUGGACUGCGUCCUGCACUGCCUCUGAGGGGUUCAGUGCACGUGUGCGAGAUGUCUGUGGGGUGCCCAGGUCACCCUGCAGCGGUGACACCGUUCCCAGCUUGCCCGAGACGUGAAGGGGUGACAGUGACCUCUGGGUCUGGGUUUCAGUAGUUCUCGGCAUGUUGGCCAUCACAGCACUACCGGGAAUAGCUGAGGAAUCACCGACUUUCUAUUCAAACUUUUACCGCUGGUUUAGGUUUUGGAAAUACCUGAAAUGGGAUCACGGUGGUCUGAACGGGCAGGGGGUGAGGAUGAGUAGUGACGACAGCUGGAC